AUGGCCGCGGGGCCGCCCGGCAGCCGCCGCCUCCUGCCCCCGCUGCUGCUGCUGCUGCUGGGGCCGGCGCUCGCCCCGGCGCUCGCCCAGGGCCUGGGGCAGACGCGCUUCGUCUGCACCUCGGUGCCGCUGGACGGGGACGUGUGCGCGGCCUCGGCGCUGGGCACCGGCUCGGCCGAGGAGCUGAAGGGCACCGUGCUGCAGCUGCGGGAGACGGUGCUGCAGCAGAAGGAAACCAUCAUGAACCAGAAGGAGACGAUCCGCGAGCUCACGGCCAAGCUGGGCCGCUGCGAGAGCCAGAGCGUGCUGGAGCUGCCCGGAGAGGGAAAGGGCAGGAAGGGCUUUUCCAAAAACACCAUGGGCGACCUGUCGCGGCCGGCCGCCGCCGAGACCCUCAGCCAGCUGGGGCAGACGCUGCAGUCCCUGAAAACCCGGCUGGAGAACCUGGAGCAGUUCAGCAGGAUGAACUCCUCCAGCCAGACCAACAACCUGAAGGACAUCCUGCAGAACAAGAUCGAUGACCUGGAGAAGCAGGUGCUGUCGCGGGUGAACAGCCUGGAGGAGGGCAAGCUCAGCCCCCGCAACGAGUCCGAGGAGCGCGGCAAGAUCGAGAGCACCCUCACCUCGCUGCACCAGCGCAUCAGCGACCUGGAGAAAGGCCAGAAGGACAACCGGCCCCCGGACAGGUUCCAGCUCACCUUCCCCCUGCGCACCAACUACAUGUACGCCAAGGUGAAGAAGAGCCUGCCCGAGAUGUACGCCUUCAGCAUCUGCAUGUGGAUCAAAUCCAGCGCCUCCCCCGGCAUGGGCACCCCCUUCUCCUACGCCGUGCCCGGCCAGGCCAACGAGCUGGUGCUCAUCGAGUGGGGCAACAACCCCAUGGAGAUCCUCAUCAAUGACAAGGUGGCCAAGCUGCCCUUCGCCAUCAACGACGGCAAGUGGCACCACAUCUGUGUCACCUGGACCACGCGGGACGGCGUGUGGGAAGCCUACCAGGACGGCACCCAGACGGGCAACGGCGAGAACCUGGCCCCCUACCACCCCAUCAAACCGCAGGGCGUCCUGGUGCUGGGCCAGGAGCAGGACACGCUGGGCGGAGGGUUCGAUGCCACGCAGGCCUUCGUGGGGGAGCUGGCCCACUUCAACGUGUGGGACCGCAAGCUGAGCCCGGGGGAGGUGUACGGGCUGGCCACCUGCAGCUCCAAGGCACUCGCCGGCAACGUCAUCGCCUGGGCUGAGACCAACAUCGACAUCUACGGCGGGGCCACCAAGUGGACUUUCGAGGCCUGUCGCCAGCUCAACUAGGGCCACGGACAAGCGAGAGAAACCUCCUCAGCGGGUUCUUUUAUUUAUUUAAUUUUUUUUUUCCUCCUUUUUUUGCGCAAAAACAACCGAGAACGAAGCCACCCGACUUGUCCCGGGAGCAG